AUUUGUGACCGCGGUUACUUAACUUCUCCGUUGCAAGAUUACGGUAUAAUAUUUCAACUUCGAUAACAGCUCUAGCCUGAUGCCCUGAUAGCUGAGCCACAUUUUUGUUUACCCAUUAAUAUUUAGUAUUAUGUUGAAUGUUGAUUACAAAAACUCAAAAUUAUUUUAAUUGUUCGGUGUAUUGUUUAAUAAUUUUGCACAAGUAACAUGGAAACUGAAAAAGUUUCCGACUAUUUAAACCCAAAAUUUGACCAAUUAUUUUUAAAUAUUGCCAAAGAAAUUAACACAAUAGACGAAUUCCUGUACGCGUUUUUUCAAUUUCUAUUCAAAAGAACAAUUUUUAUGGAGUGUGCCAAUAAUGAAACUGAAGCAAUUUCACUUUUGAAUACACAUUUUAAGAAUUGGUGGAGUCGAUCUAUGGAAGAAAAAACAGAGUAUCAUUCUGAUUUGUCAUUUGUUGAUUUAUCUAAUCAAAUUGUAGAUCAUAUUGAAGAAAUUACACUCACCGAUGACAAGGAUAAAAUUGUUGAAGAACUUACUAUUAUUACAAAGGAUUAUGGUAAAAACUUGCAACCAAUUUUAUCUACAGAUUCGUCUCAACGUUUAGAGGAAAAUGGCAACCGCGACGAAAAUAGUUUUUUUGAAGAUGUAAAUAAAUGUAAUAAGGAACAGUUUUCUUCUGAUCAGAGUUUAAAAAAUAUUGAUAACGAUUCAGUUGAAAAUAAAUUACCUUUGAACACUAGUACAGAAAAAAAGAAACUUGUAGAUCGUUGUUUUGAAAUAUCAAAUGGAGCAGAUUUAGGACUUUACUGGUGGUCUCAAACUUAUAAUGAUAUUUGUAUUAAUAUUGAUGUGUCUGAUUUAAUUAAGAGUUCCAAAGAUAUCAAUAUCGAUGUUACGUCACAGAAUUUAUUUGUUAAAAUUAAUCAUCUAAAUAGUUGGCGAACAAUUAUUCAAGAUACAUUUUAUAAAACUAUCAGUGAUCAUAUUUGGACAUUAACUCCAGAAAAACAUAUACAAAUACAUUUGGACAAGUUGGAGAAUGAAUUUUGGUCAAAAUGUUUAUCUAAUGAAACAAGUACUGUCGAUAAGAAAAAUAUAGAUUCUCAUAUUCCAUUUCAUGAGUUACCAGAAAAUGAACAAAAUAAAAUAAACGAAGUAGUAAAUAAAAAUAACACUAAGGAAGAAGAUGUAAAUGAGAACUUGGAAAAACUGAAGAAAGCAUGGAAUUUACCAGGAUCCCCAUUUGCUGGAACUCCCUUCAAUCCUGAUACUAUCCAGUUUCCUUUUAAGAACCAAUGAUGUAUUUAACUAACUAAACACGACAUAUUGUUAAAACUACUAUUUGUGUGGCACAACAUUGUUGUAAAUUUACUAAUAUGAACAUUUCUAUAUCAUGUUAUGUAUAAGUAUGCUGUAUGAUGGUUUAACAGGUUAAUAUUGCUUAUUAUUUUACACUAAAAUUGUAGCCAUUUUGUUAUAUUAUAUUAGUUCAGUACUACUUAAACUGACAGACAUUGUAUAUUUUAUUUAUUUAGCACUUUGAAAAUAAUGUGUUUAACUUACCACUCGUCCUUUUUGGAAAAAAACUUUGUUCUCUAAAGUGUUAAUGAAAUGGACGAUUUCAUAGUCUGCAAACUGUUAAUGUUAUUAUUUUUUUUUUCACAUUAAUGCCUCCUUAAAAAAAUGACAUAGUUUAAUUUUA